AUGGCUGCCCAACCACCCAUCUCGUAUGCCUCUUCCCCUUAUGUUAUUGAUACUCAAACCUAUGAUUUUGCUAAUUUAGUCUUCCUCAAUGUUGCUACACAGGCACCUAUUCGGCUCACACCAGUGAAUUUCUUCACAAGGAAAGCCCAAUGGGAUGCUAUCCUUUAUGGCUAUGCUCUUACAAGUUAUGUUGACAGUUCUCUACCUUGUCCAUCUUCAUCUUCAAACUUGGCUUAUUUGUUUUGGACACAUCAAGAUCAACUUAUUUUCAGAUCUCUUUUUGCUUCCUUAUCACAUGACCUUGCAUCAAUGGUGGCCUCAGCUAAAACAUCCCGUACACGGAGCAUCACAGUAUAUAUGGUUAAUAUUAAGGCAGCUACUGAAGAGUUAGCCUUACUGAAUGAACCCCUUAAAGUUGAAGAGGUAAAAAUUUAUGUCCUUAAUGGUUUAAAUUCUGAUCUAAAAGAGAUUUCUGCUGCCUUGAGAUCAAGAGAUACUGAAAUCUCAUUUAAAGAUCUUCAUGAACGGUUGCUGGAAUAUGAAGCCUACAUUCAUAAAUUUGAGCCUCACACUCCCGAAGAUGCUCCCAUGAUUGCUUAUGUUGCUAAUACACCUAAUGGACCUCACCCCUUCACACGUCAUCCUCAAAAAAAGUCUGGUUCAAAAUUUCAUUCCAUUCGUCAUUUUUCCUCUUCUUCUACUCCUUCUGAAGGCUACCGUGGACGCUAG